UUGAGAGCCACGUGCUGUGAACACAUGCUCCAACAUUUUAGUGUGCCACAGGGCUUCAGGAAGAUCAAAGAUAUUUUUAUUCGCUCGCUCGCAUUUAUUUCGUGAUGAUGCAAGAUAAACGUGCUCCGCCGUCUCCAUCUAAAGUGGAGGAUCUCAUGGAUGACGAGAUGAUUGUAGAAGAUGAUAUUGAAGAGGUCAUUGAUUUAAACGACCCGAUUUUCGAGAGUUCGAGCUCAUCGGAUGAAAAUGAGAAUCCACGGACGGAGGAUCUUAUGCAGGAGGAUAACGUGAACGAUGCCGUACGCGUCUUUCAUGGUCAUAAGCCUUAUCACACAGUAUUUUGCUGCUCGUUAAGUAAGAAUGGUGACUUAGUGGCGACAGGGGGCGAAGAUGAUAAAGGAUACCUCUGGAACGCCAAUACGGGCGAAAGUAUUCUCAAUACUGGUGAUAGCCAUAAUGAUAGCGUUAUAUUCUCUGAUUUCAAUUACAACGACAAAUAUGUAGCCACAGCCGACAUGCGUGGCAAAAUAAAAUUGUGGCGAAUAAGUGACAAAACUUGUGUCUGGGAAACUGCCUUAAUGAACGAUAUUAACUGGAUAAAGUGGCACCCUUUCAGUGACAUCUUAGUAACAGGUGGUGAAACAGGAGAGGUUUAUAUGUUGAAAACACGAAAGGAUGAUUACAAGAUCUUUGCACAAGGUAGCGGUAUUAAAUCAGAGACUGGUAUAAUUCUUCCAGAUGGGAAACGUGCCGCAAUAGGAUAUGAAAAUGGUAUGAUUCACGUAAUAGAUUUAAAAUCGAACACUUUAGUAUCCACCACUCCCCCUGACCAAACACGAUUAUAUGGACAUUCAAGCAAUAUCAUUGCUCUUGAUUGUUACAUGGAUAAUAAUUUAUUGAUUUCGGUGUCAGUGGAAAGCCAGACUAUAUUAAGCACAGUACAUAAUGGCAAGGUAAUUUGUGUACUUCAAGAUUUGCAUAGGCAUGGCGAUAACAACGAUCAUGUAGAGGUUGCAGCUUUUUGUAAAGAUCCUACAUUCCCUGUUGCUGCAAGUGCAACAGUCACGAGUGAAACAUACGGAAAAAUUUACAUAUGGGAUAUUUCUAAACAAAGUCUUAGGCACGAAAUGGAUCAAGAAGGAAGUGUCACAAAAUUAGUUUGGACUAAGACAUCGAUAUUUUUUACAGCGGGAUUAGAUGGUAAACUAAGAUGUUUCGAUGCGAGAGUAGGUCACUGCCUUCGAAUAUUCUCGGGACACAAAGGGGCCUUAUAUGAUGUAUGCAUAUCCAGUGAUGAGAAGAAAGCAAUAACAGUUUCCGACGAUGGUACUGCCAGGCUUUUUGACAUUUCGUCUAUACGUUAAUAUGUGAUGAAAGGUAGAAUAUUAAAAUAUAAAA